AUGGAUAGUCAACCAAUUGAACAAUCAAAGGCGACAUCUGCGAAUACUCAUUCUUUAUUAGGUAUUGAAUGGAACAUUUGGAGAGAUAUAGAACUUGGUGGGGGUUGUGGUGUUAGUGAUAGGCAUAAAAAGCCAACAAAUCCUAACGAUCACCGUGGUGUACUCACAACACUUUCAGUUUCAUCUCCUAGAUCUUGGAGUCGUAAUUUUGGUGCAUUGUGGAGAUCUACUUGGUAUUGGCUUCGAUCAUCUGAAAACAAUGCUCAAAUAUAUCCUCAUAGUGAUUCUAAAACUUCAUUGAAUUUUUUCGCAGAUUCUUCAGUCACUAUAUCUGAAAAAAAGCUGGAAAAAAGUCGUGUGAAAUUCGCUCGCCUUACUUAUACUCCGAUUUGUACAGGAUGUUCGAAAUGUUGGGAGAAGAAGUUAAUGAGUUAUAAAGAAUCUGGUGUCGAAGUAAAUGCAAAGAAAUCAUCAUCUCUAUUAGGAAGAAUAUUUGGUUUCUCACUAAGCAGUAAUAAUAACAAAUCAAAUAUUGAUGAAGUGAAAAGUAUAGAAAUUCAACAACAAAUCAAAGCUAAGAGUUCCAUAGACAAUCCUGCAUGUGGAGAACUAAAGGAAUUAGUCGUUGAAAAGGCUUCUGGAUUCACAAUCACUCCAGAAGGAGUAAGUCUGUGUAUGGCAGUAAAUUUAUGA